GUGGUAAGAGGAAAAAAAAUACGUUAUGCGGGUUCAUUGAUGCUUCAAUGAAUGAAUUUGGUACACCUAUCACCUCGGUACUAAAUAGCAGUUAGCAUCAAAUUUUUCGUGGAUCGAGAUCAGUGUUUUCAAUUUCGGAUAAAAUUAAAGGGCUCCAGUAUGAUGAGCGCCCGGAGCCUGAGGGUGGAGAACUUCUCCUCUCGCUGCACCACGCCGUCGGAGUGGCACGAGCCCACCCUGGUUUCCGUGAAGGUCGGCUGUCUGCACAUCAACCCCGCCACAGCACGCGGUCUCCGCACGCUGCUCAUACACAUGCUGGUGCUCUGCUUCAUACCACACGUGGCUUUGGUGGCCCAGAACUGUACCAUUAUGGCCCAGUUGUCCCACGCAUUAGAUUCUUCCUUAUUUCUACAUAACAAGGUGUACACAGCGUUAGCACUGGGUGACGCCGUGGUGGCAGUUCAAAGGGAGAGGGUGUUUAUGUCCCGAUACUUGUUUGACGUCACCAGCCGGGAAGAUAUCGACUUAUCAGCUUUGAAGCAGACGUUCGAGUCGACGGAUAGUAUAUUAGAAGAAUUACCACAAGCAAUGGGCAGAGAUAAUGAUUGGUUGUCUCUUUAUCACUUAUCAGCUAGUUACGAGCUUCUGAGGUCAAUUGAAGAGAUCUCGAUGGCUACGAGCACUGCCAUCUACAUCACGAAUCGAGGACUUGACCUGACGCUGUGGAAUCAGUUCGAGAAACAUCGGCAGCUCGCCCUGGAGCACCUGCAAGAUGUAGUCCACUUCUUGGAGGCGGAACAACUGCUCACCGAGAUGAGGGAACUACUUGGAAUCAUGGUGUUCUAUGAAGACACAGCUUUACAGCCGCUGGAGAACAUAUCGAGUUUGGCGUUGAACAACACUUUCGAUCUGCUUUCAUACACACAAAAAUCGCAUCGCUACAUGGAAAAGUUGGUGAAAGUGAAAACAGCUUACUGGGACUUGAUCAGGUAAGGUUAAUGGC